AUGAUACUCUCCGGGGGAUCCGAUCCGGCGGCCGGGGACUCGAGCCCGCCGAGUUUGCAGCCGUCGCCCCCACAGCCACCGCCGCCACAGCUGGGCUCGGCCAGCUCCGGCCCCAGGACUUCCACCUCUUCUUUUUUAAUUAAGGACAUUUUGGGCGACAGCAAACCGCUAGCGGCGUGUGCACCUUACAGUACCAGCGUCCCCUCUCCCCACCACACUCCCAAGCAGGAGGGCAGCGCGGCCCCGGAGAGCUUCAGGCCCAAACUCGAGCAGGAGGACGGUAAAGCCAAGCUCGACAAGCGCGACGACACGCAAGGGGACAUCAAAUGCCACGGGACAAAGGAGGAGGGCGAUCGGGAGAUCAGCAGCAGCCGGGACAGCCCUCCAGUGCGGGCCAAGAAGCCUCGGAAGGCACGAACAGCCUUCUCUGACCAUCAGCUCAACCAGCUGGAGCGCAGCUUCGAGCGCCAGAAGUACCUGAGCGUGCAGGACCGCAUGGACUUGGCCGCCGCCCUCAACCUCACCGACACGCAGGUCAAAACCUGGUACCAGAACCGGAGGACCAAGUGGAAGCGACAGACGGCGGUGGGCCUGGAGCUGCUGGCCGAGGCCGGGAACUACUCAGCGCUGCAGCGGAUGUUCCCCUCGCCCUAUUUCUACCACCCCAGCCUGCUGGGCAGCAUGGACAGCACGACGGCGGCCGCGGCGGCCGCAGCCAUGUACAGCAGCAUGUACCGGACUCCCCCCGCGCCGCACCCCCAGCUCCAGCGGCCGCUGGUGCCGCGGGUGCUGAUCCACGGGCUGGGGCCCGGCGGGCAGCCGGCCCUUAACCCCCUGGCCAACCCCAUGCCCGGCACCCCGCACCCCCGGUGA